AGGAACAUUUAGGCCACCACCACCACCGCCGUUUCCAGGAUCUUUUGGCACGAUCACCAUAUCACAAAAUGCAGAACCAUGUACUGGGCUAAACAUAAACAAUGGACAACACAGUCCAGUUAAAAGGACUUAUUCAACAGGAGAUCGAAUUACAUUUAAGUGUAAUACCGGGUUUCAGCUCCGCCCGAUCGUUGCGUUUUCAGCUUGUCAAAAUGGCAUAUGGUCCCCAAGUAUACCAGCAUGUACAGGAACAUUUAGGCCACCACCAGCACCGCCGUUUCCAGGACUUGGCACGAUCAGCAUAUCGCAAAUUGCAAAGCCAUGCUCGCUGCCAAAUAUUUUCAAUGGAAAUCCCAUCCCACCGAAACACACUUAUUCAAGCGGAGAACAAAUUUCAAUCAUUUGCAAUGCUGGUUAUCAACUCAAUUCUAACUGGGAAUUAAUAAGAUGUCAAAAUGGGAGGUGGACACCAAGAUUACCGGCUUGUAUCG